ACUAGAGCUACGGAUAACGUUGUUUUCUACUCUGUUCUCUUCUCUUCCCUCCAAUCACAUGGCUUCUCCCCUUCUUCACCAGCCAACGCAGUUCUUUUUCUCCAACACCCAGUUAAAAGGACCUAGCCAUGGAUUCUUGUGGCGACCCCCUUGUUCUUCAUUUGGCGCCUCUCAUUCUGAAAACAAAGCUCGGCCCAUUAGAGCUUCGGUUGAUGCACCCACAUUUCCAUUGUUUCAGACUCCAAAACAGCAUGACUCAGCCUCUGAGUUGGAGCCUGCAGAUCCUGAUUUCUACAAGAUCGGUUAUGUCCGAAGCAUGAGAGCUUACGGAGUUGAGUUUAAGGAAGGGCCGGAUGGAUUUGGUGUGUAUGCUUCCAAAGAUGUGGAACCUCUCCGGCGAGCAAGGGUUAUAAUGGAAAUUCCUCUUGAAUUGAUGUUAACCAUAAGCAAGAAACUCCCAUGGAUGUUUUUCCCAGAUAUAAUUCCUAUAGGUCAUCCAAUAUUUGAUAUUAUCAACUCUACAGAUCCAGAGACAGAUUGGGACUUAAGGUUAGCUUGCCUCCUCCUAUAUGCAUUUGAUUGCGAAGACAACUUUUGGCAGUUGUAUGGUGACUUCUUACCAAGUGCAGAUGAGUGUACCAGCUUACUUCUAGCUUCAGAGGAUGAACUUUCAGAGCUUCAAGAUCCCGAUCUUGCUUCUACUAUGAGAAACCAGCAAUAUCGAGCCCAAGAAUUCUGGGAAAUGAACUGGCACAAUUCUGCACCCCUUAAAAUAAAGCGUCUUGCUCGUGAUCCUCGAAGGUUCUUGUGGGCAGUGGGUAUUGCACAGUCACGAUGUAUUAACAUGCAGACGAGAAUUGGUGCAUUAACUCAAGAUGCAAAUAUGCUUAUUCCUUAUGCUGAUAUGCUGAACCAUUCCUUUGAGCCGAAUUGCUUUCUGCAUUGGCGUUUUAAGGACAGGAUGCUUGAAGUUCUUAUAAAUGCUGGCGAGCAAAUUAAAAGGGGAGAUGAGAUGACAAUUAAUUACAUGAGCGGACAGAAGAAUGAGAUCCUAAUGCAAAGAUAUGGAUUUUCAUCACCCGUGAAUCCUUGGGAUGUGAUCAAAUUCUCAGGCAAUGCAAAGAUUCAUCUGGAUUCCUUUUUGUCCGUCUUCAAUAUAUCUGGCCUUCCCGAAGAAUAUUACCAUAACACAGAAUGUCUAGCAAUCGAUGGCGAUACUUUUGUUGAUGGAGCUGUUGUAGCUGCAGCACGAACAUUGCCAACUUGGUCGGACAAGGAUGUGCCUCCAAUCCCUAGUGCAGAAAGAAUGGCAGUAAAGGAGUUGCAACAAGAAUGUCGACAGAUGCUUGCUCAAUACGCUACAACCUCUAAGCAAGACGAGAAAUUGCUUGAUUCCUUGCCGAACGCUCCGAGGACGCUCGAAGCUGCAAUUAAGUAUAGAUUGCACCGGAAAUUGUUCAUUGAGAAGGUUAUCCAAGCAUUGGAGAUCUAUCAAGAUAAGAUACUUUUCUGAUCCCAAUAUACUAACUGUAUACUAGCACUAGCCAUAAAAAUUUUGUAGCAGAGUUGUGUAAGCCUGCAUCAUCAUAAAAUGUUGUUGUUACCCUUGAUUGCAGGGUCAGUUCAGUUGUAUCUAUUCUAGAUUUCUAGUCAUUUGCGCCCCCACUCACCCACCGACACAAAAACCAUUUUCUGUUUCUUGAUCAAGCUUUAAGGACAUCAGAAAAGAAGAUUAAGAAAUUGUUUCUUGUAUAAUUUUUAGAUUUAAUUUUAUACUAUUUAUAAUUUGUUUGGGCCUGUAAUUGUAAACAGUUUUGCAUUAUGUAAGAGACCAGAGAGAAAUAUAGGAAGAAAAGUGUGUAUUAUUGUCUCAA